AUGGAUUAUAAUGAUGAAGAUGAACCAUUUAAUUCAUUGAUUGGCAUUGAUAAAUUAAUUGGUGAUAAAUUAAUUAAAGCUUCAAAACAAUUAAAUCUUUCAUUAUACAUGUCAACUUUAGUAAUUAAAGAGAAUAGAUUCAUUGAGGAUCCAAAAAAUGUUGAUUUUCAACAAGAUCUAAAAGAAUGGGAUAAUUAUGAUUUCGAUUCAUUCUUAAUUAAUUUCUUUGAUUUAAAUAAUGAACUUUGGGAAGAAAUGAUAAUGAAUACAUUGGAAUUUGAUGAAGUUUUACCUGGUGGUUCUUUAAGUGAAAUAGAGAAUCACUUGUAUAAAAAAAAGUUACCGUUUCAUUAUCAAUCUCAAAUUACUCAACAAUUAUUUUAUAAAGUUUCAAGUUUUGUCUUUUUUAAUUCUUCUGAAAAAUCAACUAUAAUUGAAAAAUAUUGUUCAAAAAAUUCAAUAAAAGAAAGAGAAUUAAAUAAAUUAAAACAAGAAAUAAAUAAAUAA